AUGGAGCCGUGCGUCCUGCUGGAUCCUCACCAAAAAGCCCUGUACAGGGACGUCAUGCAAGAAAGCUACGACGCCCUGAUGUCGCUGGGUGAUGGGACAGUGAGUGAGACUGAGGAGGAGAAUCCCCCGAAGGAAGGCCCUGAGCCAGUGGAACCACAGGAGAAGCUGCCGGGACGAUUUUUCAGGAGCUAUUUGCCAGUGGCCUGCUGGGGUGAGGCUGGGAGGGGCAAGGAGGAGACAGGGCAAACCUACCCCUCAGAGGCCCAGCUCCAAGAAACUGCAGGAUAUCACGGCUCACCAGGGGACGCCCCAGGGCCAGAAGCCCUACCAGUGCCAGGACUGUGGUGGAGCUCCCACCUGGAGCGGCAUCGGCAUAUCCACACAGGCGAGCACCUCUUUGCCUGCCCUGAGUGCGGCGAGCGCUUUACCCAGAGCUCCCACCUCCGGCAGCACCAGCUGGCUCACGGCGGUGAGUGCCCUUGCAAGUGCGGCGAUUGUGGCAAGCGCUUCCGCAACCCCUCCGCCCUGGCGGCCCAUCGGCGUGGCCACCUGGAGGACAAACCCUAUCGCUGCGCCCAGUGUGGCAAAGGCUUCACCUGGAGCUCCCACCUGGAGCGUCACUGGCGCAUCCACACUGGCGAGCGGCCCUACUGGUGCAGGGAGUGUGGGGAGGCCUUCGCCCAGAGUGCUAACCUCACCAAGCUCCGCCGGACCCACACUGGGGAGUGCCCCUUCCGCUGCCCCCACUGUGGGAAGGGCUUCGGGGACAGCUCUGACCUCAUGCGACACAAACGGACCCACGCAGCUGGGAGCAUCAUGCAGUGCCAACGACCUCACAAGCAGAACCCGGCCAAGCCUAGGAAAGCUCAGCAGGAGGGGAAACACGCCACUGCAGCCAGGGUGCUGGGGAGAGCUCGGGGCCACCACAAUGGCAGCAGGGUCCUCAGUGCCAGGACUGCAGGCUGGGGUGCAAGCCCUGGAGAGCCCACCAGGAGGAGGCAUGUGGCUGCUUCAGGGAGAGCUCAGAGCUGCUUCAGGGUUCAGAGGCCCUGGGACCCCAGCCUGAGCGGAAAUCCCACCCCUCACUGGCGUGUCCACACCAGCGAGCGGCCCUAUGCCUGCCCCAAGUGUGGCAAGUGCUUCGCCCAGAGUGCCCACCUCACCAAGCAUCGCCGGACCCACACUGGCGAGUGGCCCUACGCCUGCCCCCACUGUGGGAAGGGCUUUGUCGAGAGCUCCGACCUGGCAUGGCACCGGCGCACCGACACCAGGCGGGAGCCCUACAGGUGCGGGCAGUGUGGGAAAGGCUUCAGUGUCCGCUCAGCCCUCUCCAAGCACCACAGGGAGCAGACAGGGAGCAUGCCGUGA